AGUGGUGGGGGGACGAGCUGGCACGAGUUUGUAUUUCUUCGUGGUUUUGUGGUAUUUAUCUUCUGCUUGUUGACAACAUUCAUGGUGAUUCGCCCUGAAUUACGUAUGAUGUUGAGAGAAGAUCCCAGAAAGGGUCCAUUAGACUGAAAUUAUAUGUCAGUGGCUCUAAAAGAAAACUUUCCGGAUCUUAGGUGAUGCUUUCUAGGUCCAUGAACAUAUUGAGAAAAUGCAUCGGAAAGUGACCUUCCAAUUAGUUGAUGGGCUCAUAAAUAGAAGUAGUUCUAGAAGAGUUUUUUUAAACGCACUUCACCGUGGUGCGCGAUGUAUGUAUGAGAAAAGUAUUUGGACAUCUUCAUUACGAUGUAAUAAUGACCAAGGGGCUCCAGCAAAUAAGGUGUCUGGCAAGGAGCUGUUUAAAAGUGGCCCGUCUCUUCAUGAUUUCAUCGCAAACUCAGCCGCUACAGCAGCACCGGAGGGAAACACUGACUCUGAUGUGAAUCCUUAUUUAACCCCUGGAAGUUAUGGGGGCAUGGGAAGAAAAGUUUACUUUCACGUCAAAGGUUGUCAAAUGAAUGUUAACGAUGUGGAGGUUGUAUGGUCAAUCCUUCAAGGAGUAGGAUUUGAACGAACUGAAAAUGUUCAUGAUGCAGAUGUAAUUCUUGCAAUGACAUGUUCCAUUCGAGAGAAAGCUGAGCUUAAAAUUUGGCACUUUCUUGAUUAUUGCAAUGGUCUGAAAAAGCAACGACCCAAAUCCCAAGUUCCAUUAAGAAUUGGUAUACUAGGUUGUAUGGCAGAGAGACUGAAAGAGUCUUUAUUAGAUAAGGAGAAAUCACUAGACCUGGUUGCCGGCCCAGACAGCUAUAAAGAUCUUCCUAGAUUGCUAGCUUUGACUGACAACAAUCAGAAGGCUGUAAAUGUUUUACUGUCCCUGGAUGAAACCUAUGCUGAUAUUAUGCCUGUACGUUUAAAUCAAGACUCAAUAUCAGCUUUUGUGUCAAUCAUGAGAGGGUGUGACAAUAUGUGCACCUAUUGCAUUGUACCAUUUACCCGAGGUAGAGAGAGAUCUAGACCAAUGGAAUCUAUACUUGAAGAAGUUAGACAUCUGUCUGGGCAAGGUAUAAAGGAAGUGACACUACUUGGUCAAAAUGUCAACAGCUACUGUGAUAAAUCAGCAGUUUCACACUAUGGUGGACUAGAGAAAGAUGAACCAACUCAUCUUGCAAAAGGAUUUAAAACAGUUUACAAACCGAAGAAAGGUGGAACUCGUUUUGCUGAUCUACUUGAUCAAGUUUCUAGAAUUGAUCCGGAAAUGCGCAUUCGCUUCACUUCACCACACCCAAAAGAUUUUCCCGAUGAGGUACUCCAUCUGAUUCAGGAACGAUCUAAUAUUUGUUCAUCUCUGCACAUACCAGCACAAAGUGGAAAUAGUGAAGUCCUAGAACGAAUGAGAAGAGGAUACUCUCGUGAAUCCUAUCUGGAACUUAUUCAUCACAUACAGAGCUUCUUGCCUGAUGUAGCAUUUUCUAGUGAUUUUAUUGCUGGCUUUUGUGGUGAAACCGAAGAACAAUUUGCUGAUACUUUAAGUUUAAUAGACCAAGUUCCGUACACAACUGGAUUUCUCUUUGCUUACAGUAUGAGAGAGAAAACAACUGCUCACAGAAGAUACGAGGAUGAUGUUCCUGAAGAAGUCAAACUACGUCGGUUGAAAGAAAUGACUGAUUUGUUUUAUUCUAAAUCUCAAGCUCUGAAAAGAGAAAAAAUUGGACAACACCAAUUAGUUCUUGUGGAAGGGAAUAGCAAAAGAGGAUCAGAUUUAAAAGGACGCAAUGAUGGCAAUGUAAUAGUCAUAUUUCCUAAUGAGGAAAUACCUGUCUCUGAGUCGUCUGUGGAAAAAUCAAUAGUUAAGCCUGGUGACUAUGUUGUUGUGGAGAUUGAUCGAACUGCAAAUGUGCUGAUGGGUCAAGCCUUAUACCACACUACAUUAUCGGAAGGGGUUGCCAAGGUCGUGAAUUCUUCCAGAAGUCAACAAGUGUGUAUUUAAGUUGUAUCAUUGUUAAAAUUUAUAUGUCUUUAAAAUUAACUUGAGGCAAAACUUUA